AUGUUACUAAACACAAUUAAAAUUAAAUCGAACACUCUAGCCAAUUUUAGAAAAAUGUUCAACACAAGAACUAUUUUAACAUACUUCAUUCUAGUGUUACUGGUACCAUUCUCGAUAACGGAAAAACACAAUAGGCCAAAUAGUAUACAAAAACGGCGGAGUCCAGAACCUGACGAGCCAAGGCACACUUCGGGCUGCCAUAGUUGUAGAAUGAGAGAAGAGAUCAAACAGAGAAACCUGAUGGUCAUCAAAGACGAAAUCCUCAGGCGGAUAGGUUUCGAGGAAGCGCCCAAUAUUACGGGAAAGGCUCUUCCUCAGGUUCCUUCCGAGUAUCUCAUGAGGAUAGAGGAAGAAAACGGCGGUAUGCAGAGUGACCAGCCUCAAUUUCGGAGCGGCUACACCGUGGUCGAAGAGGAAGAUGACUAUCAUGUGAGGACGCAGCAGAUCAUAGCUUAUGCACAACCAUGUGCAUAUUUACGAUAG